AUGACGUCCUCUGAGCCUCUAUAUCUCGGCUUCGACCUCUCCACCCAACAACUAAAAGGACUGGUUGUGGACUCGAGCCUGAAAAAGAUCCAUGAAGCCAAAUUCGACUUCGACGCAGAUGCCACGGGUUUCAACGUGAAUAAGGGGGUUCUCGUGAACGAAGACGAACAUGAAGUUUUUGCACCAGUGGCGAUGUGGCUGCAAGCCAUCGACACGCUUUUGGGGAGACUGAAGGACGACGGUCUUGAUUUUAGUCGUGUCAGGGGAAUCAGCGGCUCAGGUAUGCAGCAUGGGAGUGUCUUCUGGAAUGCGGAUGCAGAACAAUUACUUUCUCAGCUGGAUCCUUCGAAAACACUAGAGUCACAGCUCGAUGGUGCGUUCGCACAUCCAUUCAGUCCCAACUGGCAGGACGCGAGCACCCAAAAGGAAUGCGACGAGUUUGACGCCAUUCUGGGCAAUGAAUCACAAUUGGCAAAUGUCACGGGCAGCAAAGCACACCAUCGCUUCACAGGCCCGCAGAUCCUACGAUUUCAACGUAAAUACCCAGACAAAUACAUCAAGACAUACCGAAUCACCCUCGUGUCAUCUUGGAUCGCGACUAUCUUCCUUGGAAAGUAUGCCCCAUUCGACAUCUCGGAUGUCUGCGGCAUGAACCUGUGGGACAUUAAAGCCGGCAAUUGGAACGAGAAGCUGCUGGAACUUGCGGCAGGACCCUCGGGUGUAGACGCGUUGAAGAAGAAACUAGGCGACGUACCCCAAGACGGUGGCAUCCAUCUCGGCACCAUCUCCCCCUACUUCAUCAAGCGCCACGGCUUUUCCAAUGAAUGCACCAUUAUCGCUUCAACGGGGGAUAACCCUUCCACGAUCCUUGCAUUGCCGCUUCGCAGCAACGAUGCGAUGGUCAGUCUGGGCACAAGCACCACAUUCUUGAUGUCCACGACCGAGUACAAACCGGAUCCAAGUACACACUUCUUCAACCAUCCGACUACACCCGGUUUGUACAUGUUUAUGUUGUGCUAUAAGAACGGCGGGCUGGCCAGGGAGAAGGUCCGCGACGCGAUAAAUGAGAGGCUUGGAGUUAAGGAAAAAACUUCAUGGGAAGAGUUUGACAAGCACUUGCUUGAUACGCCGCCCCUCGCGCAGUCCGGUGAGAAAUCACCAAUGCAUCUGGGUUUAUACUUCCCCCGUCCUGAAAUCAUCCCGAACCUUCCGGUCGGAGAAUGGCAUUUUUCGUACACUCCGCACAAUGACGACCUAAAUCCCGAGAAAUCUGUGCCACAACCCCCGGAACAAGACGCGAGGGUCAUUGUGGAAAGUCAGUUCCUCUCCCUCCGUCUUCGUUCUAGGGAACUUGUCUCGAGUCCUGCAAAGGACAUGCCACCGCAGCCACGCCGGAUCUAUCUAGUAGGCGGCGGCUCACGCAACAAGGCCAUCGCCCGUGUGGCGGGCGAAGUACUAGGCGGUUCCGAAGGUGUGUUCAAGCUCGAUGUCGGCGAGAACGCAUGUGCUUUGGGCGCCGCGUACAAGGCUGUCUGGGCGGUAGAACGAAAACAAGGCGAGACGUUUGAGGAGUUGAUUGGCAAGAGAUGGAGAGAGGAAGAGUUUGUCGAGAAGAUUGCCGACGGGUACGACGCUCCGGUGUGGGAGAGGUAUGGCAAGGCACUCAAGGGGUUUGAGGAGAUGGAGACGAGGUUGUUGAGGGAGCAUGAGAGGAAGUGA